AUGGCAAAAAAGUCAGUAAAGGAGUGUGAAGUGGCAAAAGUAAAGUUGGACAAGUUAGAAAAUAAGAAGGUCGAGGAAGAAUACAAGAUGGGAUGGAAAAAUAAGUUGAAAGAUGACAACGAAUGGAAAGAACAAGUGUUAGUAGAAUUUAAAGUAGAAAAAGGCGUAGAGAAGGUUCCAACUGGAAUACUUCUGAAUCAAUUUAUGCCUAGAUACCAUUCUAAGUCCAAACAGUUCAAAUCGACCGCAAUAUUCAAAAAAACACGGAUACUUACACCUUCUAUCGCUAAUAAUAAACACAACAGAAGCACCUCGCCUCCACCGGUAAAACAAGAGUUUUCAUUCUCAAGCGACCGCCAGGCUGCAAUUGUUGAACAUUUUUACACAUUCGUGGAAAACGAACUGUAUAAAUUCCUCGCCGAGAAUGAAAAUAUCAUUCCCGUAAAGGUUAUAGAAAAUUUUACCAAGAAAAAAAAUCCCCCGAUUAGCUCUGAUUUCAGAGACGCUGAUCUUUUAAGGCCAAUCCUUCAAGGACUUCAAAGAGAACGUGCGACAUAA